UUUGCCAACCCUUCACCUCUCCCCGAAGCUAGAUUUGAGAGAGAGAGAGUCUUACAUAAUUAAAGCUCUUGAAAAUAAUGGCUUAUUAUAACAAUAACAUUAAUGUUAUGCCAAAGGGUUUCUUCUUAAUCCUAAUUAUCUUUCUUCUUGAUUAUGAGGCCAUAAUCAGUUUCUCAGAAGCUCAACAAGUUCCAGCCAUUUAUGUAUUUGGAGACUCCCUGGUUGAUGUGGGCAACAACAAUUACCUCAAGCUGUCUCUUGCAAAGGCAAACUAUCCUCCUAACGGAGUCGAUUUUCCCGGCCGGAAAGCUACCGGCAGGUUCUGUAACGGCAAGAAUGCAGCAGACUUUCUUGCUGAGAAAGUGGGCUUAGCAACUUCGCCACCAUAUCUAUCUCGUACCUCCAAUUCCAACAAGGACACUUCAACCGGAAUCAGCUUCGCCUCAGGAGGAGCAGGAAUUUUUAAUGGUACAGACGAAUUUUAUCGUCAAUCAAUACCCCUAACAAAACAGGUCGAGCACUACUCGAAAGUGCAUGAGCAGCUGGUGCAGGAACUAGGAAUCGGAGGGACAGAAGUGCAUCUCUCAAAAUCUCUGUUCGCCAUCGUCAUCGGAAGCAACGAUCUCUUCGGCUACUUCGGUUCCUCCGAGCUUCGCAAGAAAGUCACCCCGGAACAGUACGUCGACAAAAUGGUUGUUACACUACAAGAACAACUAAAGAGAUUACACAGUUACGGGGCUCGUAAACUUGUGGCAGUCGGAGUAGGGCCAAUUGGGUGCUGCCCAGCAGAGAGGAAGAAAGACAUCAGAGGAGGAUGCUUGGAAGAAGUAAAUCAAUGGGUUAUCAAGUAUAACGACGGUCUAAAGUCAACGCUGACUCGGCUGAAAUCGGAGCUGAAGAACUUGAACUACGCCUAUUUUGAGACUUAUGAUGUCUUGCUAAACCUUAUCCAGAAACCAGAAUCCUACGGAUUCGUGGAGGUUAAAGCUGCUUGUUGUGGUCUUGGGAAGCUAAAGGCCGAUGCUCCUUGCCUGCCACUCUCAGCAUAUUGCUCCAACAGAGCGGAUCACAUCUUCUGGGAUAAAUAUCAUCCUUCGGAGGCAACUGAUAGCAUUUUGGUUAAUUAUCUCUUCGACGGUCCCUCGGAAUACACAUUUCCGUUGAAUGUGAAGCAGCUAAUUGCUCUUUAAACUCAGAAGCACAAAAAAAAUAAAUAAAUGAUGCCUCAAUGUAAUACCAUCCGGGACUCGAGAGACUAGGAUUUUUUUUUUUAAAAAUCAUCAGAAAAUUGGGAUUUAUGGAAGCCCACUUUUUGUAGCCUAUAAUAAAUAGUUGAACAAAAGAAGAGUUCUGGCAAAAAUUCAAAUGCAAUGAAUAUGUUCUUUGUGCCCAUGUAUUUCAUAGAACCAAAUGAUAAACAAAGAGAAUUGGAUCUCUAUUAAGAUUUUGGACAAGCAAUGAAGCACUCAGAGCUCAAAUUGUUCGACUUUGAUAUAAAGUCACGUAGGACAAAUAGUAAUGUCGUUUACGGCGGCAGAAAAAAGCCUUACACUGUCCGCGUGCUCCGUCUCCGUUGCAACCAUGAUGGUUUUCACCGUUUUAAGUGUUAU